CAAUACUCUCCCCACAUCUCUCCCUCUCAUCGUGCUCAAACUCAAAUAUGGAGUCUACCAGUUUGAAACAAUCUACCGGCGGUCCGACCAUCCGUUACUCAAUCAAUGAACUUCUUGAGUUCCGCAGUUCACUAAGCUACGUUAUUUGUCCAAUUGAUGAAUUUACUCUAGUCGCGUGGGCAGAAGGACUACUUGACAAGAUAGGAGACUACGUACCGGACGAACUAGUUAUCCGCAAGGAGUAUGCCAAAAAAGUUAUUGCCAUGCAAGAAGUAGAAGCUGAGAUGCUAUUGCAAAAUGAAAUUAUGGCAAAACGCAAGCCUGAGUACGCCGGUUUAACUUUUACGGAUUUUUUAAAUCUUGGCAAGUACGGAUCUCCUCCGAGCAGCCAAGUGGGAUCUGUCCCCGGUUCCCACCCCCAAAAAGCACAAGUGACACCGCCGUCUGUACAAGUAAAACCCUACACCCCCCCCAAAGAGCUAGGGUCCAAGAGCGGAACCUCUACCAUCGUUUCAAUCCAGGAAAAGGAUGUCCACAGCCAACCGACAUCUGGCAAAGGGACUGAUAAAUCCGAUACCGGUAGAGAGGCUGUUGAGUUUAACUUGGACAGGGAGGUUCAAACCAGUUCUCAUGUCGAAGUUGUGGAACCCACUCCAUCUGGAGAAGUCGCAGAGGAACCUGAGGAGUCCAGUGACAUUGUUGACCAGGACGCCUGGAUAAAUGCCAUGCUCGAACGAACCACGAUCUUUGCCGGCAACAAAUAUAAGAGAACCUAAAUACUUGUUGAGACCUACUUGUAUCAUAUACGUUAUCCGGCCUAUACUACCAGAUAGCUACGGCAUUGGUGGUUGAUAAGUGUCAUAUCGGAUUUCGUGUCUUUCACUUUAGUUUUCGCUUCAUCAGAUGUGCUAAAUCAAAUAAGUAAAUAAUCAAAAUCUGGAAAUGGAAGC